AAGGUUGCGGCAGUAGCGACAAGAUAGCUGGCUGGCCUGGCUGGCCUGGCAGUACGUAUGUACGCACAGCUGUAGGGACUGUGUCCAUCGCAGUUUGUUGUCAGACCACAGCAAACAUUCCAUGCUUUCUUCCUGAUUGUUUUCUCUAGCUGGCGUUAACAAAGGGCUGUAUCUAGUUCUUGGAAUAGUUGUCGCAGUCACCAUGGGAGGAAAGAGCAGCAAACAGAAGAAAACAAAAUCAAAGGAGAACGGAGGUGAGACAGUAGAGAACCAAGCAGGGGACGAGAAUCAAGCUGAGGAAGCACAAGAGAACAAUGAGCAGGCUGAAGGGGAAACAAACGCUGGAGAAACAGCAGCAGCCAAUGAAGCAGAAAAUGCAGAAGAAAAGGAGCUUGAUGGAGCAGCAAAGGAAGAUAAGGCUGGUGGUGCAGAGAACACAGAUGAGAAAGCCGAUGGGAGUGCGGAUGAUGGAGACAAGCCAGUAGAUGGCACUGCAGCUGUAGAUAAUGAAGCAUCUGCGCCAGUAGAAUUAACACCCACGUCCACACCCACACCCAGCAAGGGCACUGCUGAAGAUGGCGGUGGGGGUACACAGGAAGUCCAGGAUGGUGGAGAAUCCACAGAGCCAGCCCCUAAUGCUGUUGACCAGGUGGGUGUGACUGAGACUGCCUCAUCAGCACCAGAAGAAACAGAGCCUCAAUGUGUGGCAGAAGAGCAAGCAGUGGUAGAGGCAGCGCCCCCUCCCGCAGCUUCACUUGAGAAAGAACCCACACCCCACCAGAGCCAGAGGCAUUGGAGGAACCAGCAGCAGCAUCAGAAGAGGUUCCUGCUCCACCAGAAACUCCAGCCAUCGAGCAACAACCUGCAGAACCAGCCAGUGAGCCAGAGGAAGCUGGACAACCUGAACCUGCUGCGCCUGCUGAAGUUGAUCCUGAGCCAGUGGAGCAUUCAGCUGCAGCAGGACAGGAAGAUGCUCCUGCUGAAGAUGCCACUGCAGCAGCUCCAUCUGAUACUGCAGAAAGUGGAGCAGCAGACAGUUUUGAUGCAGCUGAGGAGGCUGGUGAGACUUCUGCACCAAGUCAGGAUGCCAAAACUGCACUGUUCCAGUGGGAAAAUGGAGGUGAAAAUGUGCAAGUCAGUGGUUCUUUCAAUGACUGGGGAGAGAAGAUAGUGCU